AGAGGAAGCAGUGUUAUACGGCACGACUCUUUGGGGGUCGGCCUACCGACAUUAGCAGCAGUGGCAGCAGCAGCGGCAACAGCAGCUGCGGAGGCGGAGGCAAAGGUGGCUAGCAGCAACAGCCACGCGAGUCCAGGAGUCGACGACACCACGUACACGCACGCAAUGGAGAAACGGAUAGAGUUGGAAAAACGGGGCAGGAAGCCCUCCGAAAUUACAGAAUUCGUACUGGACAACUGUCGGAGUACAAACAUCGUUGGGCUGACGGAUGAGUUUGUCGCCCUUGAGUCGCUGAGCCUCAUCAACGUGGGCCUCACCAGUUUGAAGGGCUUCCCCAAGCUGCCGAAUCUUCUGAAGCUGGAGCUCAGCGAUAACAGAAUAUCGAGUGGCUUGAAUCUCUUGCACACGAGCCCGAAACUUACCCAUCUCAAUCUGAGCGGCAACAAAAUCAAGGAUCUGGAGACGCUGCAGCCGCUCAAGGAAUUCAAGAACCUCAAGUUCCUCGAUCUCUUCAACAAUGAAGCCACGAACAUGGACAACUACAAGGAGAAAGUCUUCAACCUCAUACCCAGUUUGCGGUAUCUCGAUGGAUUCGACAUUGAUGAUUGCGAAGUGGAAAGUGAGUGCGACGAUGACGACGUCAAUGGAAACGAAGAGGACGGAGAGGCUAAUGAAGAGGAUAGUGAAGAUGUUUCAGACGAAGAGGACGAUGACGAUAUGGAUGACACCCUGGGACAAAUCUAUCAAGAUCUCGAGGACGAUAGCGAUGAUAAUGAAUUUAAGGCCGAAGAAGACGGAGGAGACGAUGAUGACGAUGAUUUUGACGAUGAGGAAGAUGAAGAUGACGACGAUGAUGAUAAUGAGCAGAAAGAGCAAAAGCAACCAUCUCAGCCAGAAACAUCCCCUGCCCGAGGUAAAAAGAGAAAACACGAAGAUGGGGUAGGGUCGGAAAAUUAAAAAAUUUUUUUAACUCGAUAGAAUGUAAACUUUUUUUUUUAAUUUUUUUUUUUUUUUUAUUAAUGUUAAGAAAAACUAUGCCGCCGAGAAAACAACUGGGAAUCAAAUGUAAUUGACCGACCAAUGACAGACCGUGUGAUUUCCGCAAUUAAUGAUCAAACUGUAAUUGUAACAUACGAUUUAAAAUGAAUUGCAGAAAUAAAAUGAUAUGCUUGUAAAUGUAAGAGUGCUAGAGGGGAAAAAAGAAGGGGACAAAAGUGUGUGAGAGAGUAAAAGCAAAAUAAAUAAUUAUUGUAAGUCGUCAAAGGCGAAAGAAAACAAAUGUUGAAAAAUGGUCGAUAUAUUAGAGGCCGCAUUCCAGCUAGACCCUGUACAAGCGUUUUAGUUAUGCUAACGAUAUUUUAUAUAGAGUAUAUAGUUAGAUAUUAGAGAUGUUACGUAUAGUUUUGGCGAGAAAACAGAUAAUGAGCGAAAAAUGAUCAGAGUUGUGGAGGCAAAAAGGGAAAAAAAGUAAAAAGUGGGACGGUACAUAAGGCUGUCUUACACUUUGAAGGAGCGUAUUUGUCUGUUAGCUCCACUGGGCCAAAGGCUGGGCUCAUGCUGGAAUGCAGCCGUCGUUAAUCAGUACUAAGGUUAUAUUAGUUACAUUUUAAAUACAUCAUUAUUGUACCAUUAUUAAGUGUAGAUUGUAAACGAGGAAGAACAUUUGUACAGGUUUACAAAGAAAAACCAAUAUCCCGUCAAUGAGAACAAGGCACGGUGCCGCACUGUGAUUUUUGAGAUGAGAAAUCAAUCUCGCAUACAUAGGCGACGAUCAUGUUUGAAUUAUGUUUUAUUACACUUUUUUUUAUAUCUCAUACGAUAUAAAAUUUAUUACUCAUUACUU